UCUGGUAAUCUUAGGUUGCAGCUCUCCGGAAGUUGGGCCUUCUGUAAACAAAGUCCUUCGAAACAAAUGGUUCAUAUGAAUCAAGGUCAGGGAGAAACAAGCUAUGCUCGCAACUCUGCUUUUCAGAGCGCUCAGCAGAACAGAAUGAAACUCCUGAUAGAAGCAGCCAUCAUUGACUUAGGCAGCAAUACCAACACUUUGUUGCCCCAAAAGGUUGUGAUCGCUGACUUGGGCUGCUCCACUGGCCCAAAUGCCCUUGCACUUGUAUCGAUCGCCAUCAAGGCUAUUCAGAGUUACUGUCUUCAGCUCCAGCAGCCGUCACCGGAACUACUUGUGUUCCUCAAUGACCUUCCUGACAAUGACUUCAACAUGGUCGUGAAGAGCCUAGUCACGCUCCGUCAAAGCAAGAAGCCUCUUGUCAUGAUUGGUGUCACACCAGGGUCGUUUUAUGAGAGGCUCUUCACCAGUAGCUCAUUGCAUCUUGUGUGCUCAUCCAGUAGCCUACAAUGGCUCUCAAAGGCUCCUGAAGUUCUAGCGAGGAACCAUAUCCCAGCGUAUGACAUUGAUGAGAAAGCUAGGCGUGAAAGACUCCCUAUAGUCCUUCAGGCUUAUGCGGAACAAUUUAGGAAAGAUUUCACACAUUUCCUGGAGCUAAGGGCCAAAGAGUUAGCCCCAGGAGGACAGAUGGUUGUUUCCAUUAUAGGGAGGCGUUUUGAUGGUAUUGCCUCCUUUCACAUAUGGGAAAUCAUAACUCAGGUUCUUAGUGUCAUGGCUUCAGAGGGAGUAAUAGACAAAGAGAAGUUUAAUUCUUUCUACAUGCCGAUGUAUGGACCUUCAAAUGAAGAGCUGAAGGAGAUCAUCCACGAAGAGGGCUCAUUUUCAAUAAGGGAGAUGCUGGUGCAUGACUUUACAGGCGGCAUCAACAAAGAGCUCAUCACCCCAGCCUGGACCGCUAACCAGCUAAGAGCCGUGUUCGAGCAGAUACUAGUGCAGCAUUUCGGAGAUCUAAUGGAUGAUUUUGUGAAGACUUCUGAGCGUUGUUGGAGCGUGGAAGGGAGGUUGCAUGAUGAGCUUGCCAGAUUAGCUAUGCUGACAGUCUCAGUCAGCAAGGCAUGAUUAAUGGAUGAUCACAUAACUGGCCGGUGUGUGACUGUGACUGCUUGCUUUCCAGACAUUUGAAUUUGAUAAGA